AUGAUUCAACAAACAAUGUCAAUACCAUGUGAACAUAUCCAAAUGGAAUACAAAGCUAAAUUUCUAUCAAAAUCUAAUGAUUAUACUUUGAUAGAAAAUAAAAAGUUUAUUAAUUGGUUUUAUCAAAAAUUUACUCAAAUGAAUAUACAAUUUCCUUGGAGAAUUACUAUUGAAAGAAAAAUUCAUGAUUAUAUUCAAAAAUCUUCAUUAGAAUUAAUUUCAUUUAUAGAACAUACAGCAUUUAUAACAAAAUGUUUUUCUCAUUCAAUUGAAAUAAAUGAUAAUAAAUUUGAAUCUAUAUUAAUAACUAAUGAAACACUUCAUAUCAAUUUUGAUUUAAAACUCGCAUUAAAAGGUGUAUCAUUUUUAACGAAUAUUUUUCAUGGUCUAUCAAUACAUUUAAAAAACUUAGCAAAUGUAUUUCAUUUAUGGUUCAUGUUAAUUAAAUUUGUUAUCGUUUUUCCACAUGUAGCUGGUGCUUGUUCAGCUUGUAAUGAUUUAAAACAAAAACAAGUUUACAAUUCACUAUUGUUUGCUAGUACAUGGUUUAAUUCAACUUUUCUCAUGACAAUGAAUAAUGAAUCUAUUGAUAUUGAUCAAUUAAUUGAAAAAUGUAAAUACAAUCCAUUAUUAUGGUCGAUUAAUGAUUUUAUUCGUUUGGCAUUAUUAGAGAAUAAAAAUACUAACAUAGAUAAAAUGAAUAGAGAAGACAUUGAUCUUAAUCAAUAUCAUCUAAUUCAUUAUUUAAUAACUACAUUUAUAACAACAAUAAGUCAUUUAUUUUUAUAUUUAAUAACGAUUCUGCUUCGUCGAUUUAUUCAAAAUUAUAAAUAUGAAUAUACUCAUCAGAAUUUUUCAUUUCAAUUAUCACCUAUACUUACUACAGAUCAUUCUAUGAUGAUACCUUCAAAUGAAAAUCAACAAGGUGAAAUAGAAAAAAAAAAUAUUCGAAUAUCAAAAUCAUCCAAUAAUAAUUCAAUAAAAUUCAUACAAGAUAAUAGUAAUGAUGAACAAUAUGAAAAUAGAGUGAAUAAAAAAUCAAUUUAUUCAAGAAAAACAAUUAUUUUAAUACUUAUUGCUGUUAUUGCUGGAUUAGGUUUAGUAGCAACUAUAAUACUUAUUUCGAUUGUAUUUCAACUUCGAACAUCGAACUCUAUGAAUACGACAAUACUCUCCACAAUUAAACAUACAACUGACACUACCAACACGAAUUUUAGUAAUAGUACAUCAUUGUUAACCACGUUGCCUAUCACAACGACUUUAGUAACAACAACUACAAAUGUUCUAACGAGAACAAUUCAAGUUAUUUCAACGGAUACAAUAACAACAACAACUAUAGCUAUGAGAAAUUUAUCAGUUGCCGCGAAAUGA